GGCCAGCAACAGGCUCUCCCCCCUCUCCCCGCGACGUGGAGAUGCAGGAUCCGCCCCGCGACGAAGGGGCGGCGGACGUUGAGGUCAGGUCCCUCGAGGUCCCGCCCAUCAAGGUGGUCAGGACCACGGAGGUCCCAGCCAUCGAGGCAGAGAGGACUUGGGCCGAGCCCACCGAGGGGGUCAGGCCCCCGCCGGCGAAGGAGGAGGCAGAGGAGGGCGAGUCGCUCGGCAGCCACAUGGUCGAGUACGCCAAGCUGACCCAUGAAUGGGUUGAGGCUCUGGUGGAGCUAUCAGAGCAGACCGCCCAGGAGCUGGCCGAGGGGAGCACCACCAUCAGUCGGGUGGCAGGGCUUGAGGCCAGGGUGGCCGAGCUGGAGGCACGGGACCGCCAGUUGGAGGCCGACAAGGUGAAGGCCGAGGAUGCUCUAUGCAAGGAGAAGCGCGGUAAGGAGUCGGAUCGAUGUCUACCGAGUCCUUUUCACACUGUUUUGUCUCUGACUUGCUUUUUGUUUAGAGCUGGAGGCCUACACCAAGGCCAACGAAGUGCUGCAGAAGUUCCGGGAUGUGGUUGAGGCGCGGGAUGCCGCCACAGAGGAGAAGCUUCGCCUGGAGCAGUAGGCUCGGCGUGGUACGGUCCGGAAAUCAUACUGCUAUGUGCUUUCUGUCGUUUUCUUUGGCUUGGGAUGACCCUGUCGGGUGCUUUUUGCAGAAGCGGAGGAACAAACGGUACA